AUGCAGUUAUCUAUCAAAUUAAUAUUAGUUUGUGUAAAUAGAAGAUUUUCAUUAGGGAAUACAUCUAAAUCAGCCCAUAAGUAAUGGGAUGUUUUAGGAAAUUUCAAAGAAUCGACAUAGAGGUAAUCAAGUCUUAAGUACUUAAUCGGAAUAUUAGGAGAUGAUUGCAUUUUAUAAUUCUAGCUCUUUUCCAGGCUGGGAAGGCCUAUAUAUUUCAGAACUUUAUAAUAUCAGUAAUCAACAAAGCUAAAAUUCAUUAUAAAAAUUAAAAGUUUGUCUAGAUUUUGGAUAAUUGUAGUAUCUUAGUAUCCAUAAGUAAAAUAUAUUUUAGAAAUCUUAGAUAGGAUAAGUUUGUCUAUUUACACCUGCAUAUCGACCAGAGUUAAAUGCAAUUGAGCAUAUGUUUAGAUGA